CAGGAAGUUCAGGACCUUCUUCCUUACGUUUGUCUAUGACAGAGAGGGGAAAAACUGGGUUAAGGAAGACAAGAAGGUGUCUCUUCACCAUCGGCUCUUCCAAGGAUACGGGGUCAAGGCUUUGUCGAUGAAAGCGUUUGACGUGCGCGGGAACGGAACGGAGUUCCAAAUGCUGGAUCGGGAAAAGUUUCUUUCCAAAACCAAUGGCUACCGCGUGACUGGUUCCCUGCCUAUCGUCGACAGUGCUUUCAUGCUCACCAGACCUUUGGUCCAAUUCAACAGCCCGACGGACCAACUCGCAGCUUUCGUCAUGCGAUACAGGGAAGAGUUCGCGAGGCUGCCUGCUGCCCAGCAAGUUGACCGUGUUUUCGUGCCGAUUGACGCCCCACCUUCGUCGGCUGCGGGGCCCAAACGGUGCCAAGAUCAGCCGGCCAGAGCGGGUGGAAAGAGGAAGCAAUUGCCGACUGCCCCGUUUUCGUCGGCUGCGGUUGUCCAGGCUCUGCCCGCUCCGGUUCCGCCCUCGGAUCGGCAAGGUCGCGAUGCUGCCGAGCAGUCCAGCGAGGCCACAAACUACGACGACGGAGUUGUGCGCUAUCGGGCUGGUCCCCAACAUCGUUCACGGGGAGGUGCAGGUGCCUUCAAUGACGAGGAAUGCGAGGGCCAAGAUGGGGAGGGCGGUGGUUGGGAUGGGGAGGGCGGUGGUGAGGAGGGGGAGGGCGGUGGUGAGGAGGAGGAGGGCGGUGGAGUGGAGGAGGCGAGGCAAGGUGCGGGCUUGGGGCCUACAGAAGUGAUGUACAAGGAGACUCCGUUUCACUUCAAGGUCUUUAUAUACACCACGAUCGAUAAGCUCGAUAUGCUUCGAGCGGAGGUGAAACGGAUUGCCUCCAGUGCACGCCAUCUUGUGUGGGACAAACUCAGCAGGCAGACCACAUUGCUUCCUGUAUGCAUGCGGUCAAAGGAGGUUAUGGCGGCRCCCGUCGACAUCGUCGCAGCCGCACAAAAAAUGGCAUGCAGGGCCGCCAUCGUGGACAUCUCGGCCGCGGAUUUCAGCAGUGCAUGGACCUCGCAGGACUUCGAUGCACUGUACGCAAUGAUGACGAAGUGUUGUGGUCCAAAUUGGGUCCUCUUCUUCUUUGCACCGCAGAAUGUGCAAAGCGAUGUCUUGCGUCAAUUGUACCGUUGGGAGGACAUCGAGCUCAUCCCCGGGUCAUGGAAACGCGUGGACAGGCCGCCGAGCGACGUCACAAGGUACAACAACAUCGCUACGAGCAGUCGGGACCUGAUGGCGAUCGUGUUGCAUGCUGAAGGAGGGGAUCUGAAAAAAGUAACUGUCGCACCCCGACUUCACAACGAUCUCACCGAAGUGCAUGUUGUGGAGGAAAAGUUCGGGAAGUGUCUCGGAAAACACGGUGGCGUCGAGGGUGACGAACGUGCCGCAUAUUCAAUUUGGGAGCGAGAACCUGGCAAGUUGCGGAAGUUGUGCGGUUCAUUCGUAGGAGAGGCGGAAGGUAAUAAUGUCAUUGCCUGUGACGAGUCGGCCAAGGACAUUGCAUACUUGACAAAGUUCGUCGACAUACUUGUUAAGGAUGGGAGAUUCGAGUGCCGCCUCGAGAAACCGCGUGCCACACAUCGGACGAACAGGGAUAUGUACCACAAGUUGGGACUGAAAAGACUGAAGGUGUGGGAAUACCUGUUCCGCGAUGCGCCGGAUGAACGCCUUGAUGGGGGAUACAUAUAUAGGAAAACCAAGGUGACCGAGGCCCUCAAACAUUAUCACGGGGCUCUAACUGGCGCCUUCGAGACAUUCGUUGCUCGAUGCGAGAUCUUGAGGUUUGAUCUUCACAAAGAUAAACAGACGUUUAAGGAUUGUGCAGACCUCGCUAAAUCGGGUGAAGGCUUUAACCCCGUUGACAGCGAGGAAGACUCGUCGAACUCCGACCUCGAGAUCGAAAAGAACACCAAUGCAACCGGGUGGUGUGGGAAGUCCACUGCCAUGGAGCACAACGUCAAGGGAUAUGGACCAGGUCAAUCAGAGGGAUGCUCGAACCUGCCACCCGCGAACAGUGUGGCCUCGGGUGUGGACCGGGUUGUAUGUACACCUGUGGAAGACGACGAAGACGACGACCUUGAUAUUCUUGCUCAGCCAACGAAGCUGGCGCCAGGCGAUCCGAUUCCUCCCAGAUUUUGUGCGGAUGCAAACAAUUUAGAGUACUCACACAAGUUUUACGAGCUGCAGUCGAGCCCCUCGUACGGCAAGAUUGACUGGAAGGUUGAGCGCGCCGUCGCGCUCGAGAGCGUGGACGUGGACUCCCAAAAAGAUGUCGCCCCUGUGCCCGAGGCGGCCACAGGGAACACGAUGGGUGGACAAAGGGAAGAUGGCGGGACGACGUUCGGCGUAAAGCCUCCGUUGCCAGAGGCGGGGAACACGCCCGCAGGCAAAAACACCAUCGGAGUCAUCUCUGUCGCAACGGGGGAUACAUCACAAGGUGAAAAAGUGUCACUCGACAAGCCGGCAGAUGCGGGCGCCACAUACGGGAGUCUCCUCGCGACAGGUGCAGCGCUGGCAAGCACAUCGGAGAUGGUGUCAGAGUCCACUGCUGGGAUGGGCGUCACGAGGAUGUCGUUGCAUCCGCCCACAUGCACUAGCAAAGGUGACGCACACUAUACAACAACACCACAGGGAGGGGUCACAGGGGAUGACGGGAAUGGGGGAGAUGCAGGGGGGUCUCCACGUUCUCGCAAUAUUGAGGACAUGACGACGGACGAUGAGGAUGGGGUAGAAGGCGGAAAGGGCGUGAGCGAUCCCACGCGUGCAGAAAAUGAGGGGUGAUACAGGGAAUGAACUUGAGGGGAAUCC